AUGUCUGAAUUCUUAGGAGCGCGUAUUUCGCUUAUAUCCAAGAGUGAUAUUCGCUACUCUGGUGUCCUCCAUGAAAUCAAUUCUGAGGAAUCCACAGUCUCCUUGGAGAAUGUUAUAUCCUACGGCACAGAAGGCCGCCGAGGCAAGCCUGAGGACGAAAUUCCACCCGCAGAUCAAAUCUACGAAUACAUUGUGUUCCGUGGCAAUGAUGUCAAGGACCUGCGUAUCGAAGAAGGACCCAGUUCCAAGGAGACGAAUCCCAACAACGUGCCAAAUGACCCGGCCAUAGUAGGAGCACGUUCACGUCCCAUGAACAACAAUGCACCCCCGCACUUCCAACAGGGCCCUCUCGGUCCUCAAGGCCCGCUCCAGCAGGGCGGCCCAGGCUUUGCACCGAACAUGCCCAUCCCUCCGCAUCCCGCCGCCUGGGGUCCCCAAGGCCCACCUCAAAACUUCCAAUAUCCCCCUCCGCCUGGCUGGUACCCCCCGCAAGGAAUGGGCUUUGCUGCCGGUGGUCCAAACCCAUGGGGAAACUACUACAACCCUGCUAUGGGUCCCUACGGACCUGGCGGCCCUGGUGGCCCUGGCGGUCCGAACAAUGGUCGCCUACCACCUCAGCAAAUCCAGCCGCAACAGCCGCUGCAACACCAGCCGCAGCAGCAGCAGCAGCAGCCACCCAAGCAGCCGGCUGAGGCUCCUCGGUCGCGGCCAUCGCCCGUCAGUGCUAAUACUGAAAAGCAAAAGGGCCCGACGACCGCAUCAGAUGUUGAGCCCAAGUCAAUUGGCCAGUCUCCGGCACAACAGUUCGCGGGCAGAAAUAACAUUGUCCCCACCAGUUCUCGCGGUGGUCGGGUACCGGGUAGUGAGGCAAAAAAGCCUGAAGCGCCGUCGGGUGUUCCCAGGAACGGACCAGCCGAGGCUUCGCCUGCGGCUACACUGCCAGCGGCCCCGAAGGGCAUAACAAGAAUUGCACCCAUCGUUCCUCUACCUGCCGGCCUCGUCAGCAAGACGGUAACACAGACGACGAUGAUCACAAGCAAGCAGACGGGAGAUGCGGCUGCCAGCGCGGCGGCGCUUCGUGAUGCAACACAGGCGGCUAAGGCGGCAGUUGCUGUGGCCAUGGCUAAGCUUGAGGGAGGCGGCACCUCUGGACCGUCGCAAACUGCGCCGGCAGUGUCAGGCCAGUUUUCCAACGGCUUUUCUGCUAUCGACAACUUGACGCGGAAGGUUAACGAGAUGCGGGUGAACGCUACUCAGCCGACUGGUGCGAGCAACGGACGCACGCGGGGACGCGGUGGCAUGGGUGGCGGCCGGGCGCCGAAGACAGUUCUGCCAGAUGCCGACUUUGAUUUUGCGACUGCCAACGCCAAGUUCAACAAGGAAGAUGUAGUCAAGGAGGCUGAGCCAAGCAGUGCAGUGGAGUCCUCCGAGGGCGUGGAGGCUGCUGCCGUCGAGGGCACAGACGAGACUCUGCCAGCAUACAACAAGACCAAGUCGUUUUUCGACAACAUUUCCAGCGAGGCCAAAGACAGGGCCGAAAAGGGCGGCCAGAAGGCUGGUGGGCGUGAGUGGAGGGGCGAGGAGCAGCGCCGCAACAUUGAGACGUUCGGCCAGGGAAGCGUGGACGGUGGCUUCCGGGGCUAUCGCGGGCGUGGACGUGGUCGUGGACGUGGAGGAUUCGGCCGUGGACGCGGCGGUGGUGGUGGUGGUGGUGGUGGUGGUGGUGGUGGUUUCAGGCGCAACAAUGAGUCGCACCAGGGCGUUGCUUCGUAA